UUUACAGAGGUCUGGGACUGUGUUGUUUCCAAGUUUCUGAACACCUAAGGCAAAACGUUAAGUGUCCAAGGGAGCGAUGGCUGGCCACGAAGCAGAGGAGAUGCGAGAUAUCCUUCGACUGAACGUGGGCGGCUGCAUUUACACAGCCCGGCGAGAGUCUUUGUGCCGCUUUAAGGACUCUAUGCUGGCAUCUAUGUUUAGCGGUCGUUUCCCUCUCAAAACAGAUGAAUCUGGGGCAUGUAUCAUUGACCGUGAUGGACAUCUAUUCAAAUACAUUUUGGACUACCUCCAUGGGGAGGUUCAGACCCCCUCGGACGAGCAGACCCGAACCGCCCUGCAGGAAGAGGCUGACUACUUUGGCAUCCCUUACCCGUACAGCCUGUCUGACCACUUGGCCAAUGAGAUGGAGACAUAUUCUUUAAGGUCAAAUAUAGAACUUAAAAAGGCUUUAACAGACUUCUGUGAUUCCUAUGGCUUAGUUUGCAAUAAACCAACAGUUUGGGUCCUCCACUAUCUUAACACAUCUGGUGCAAGCUGUGAAAGUAGAAUUAUUGGCGUCUAUUCUACAAAAACUGAUGGGACAGAUGCCAUUGAUAAGCAGCUGGGAGGAAGAAUUCAUAGUAAAAGCAUUUUCAAAAGGGAGGCGGGGAACAAUGUCCAGUACAUUUGGAGCUACUACUCAGUAGCCGAGUUGAAGAAAAUGAUGGACGCCUUUGAUGCUUGGGAAGGAAAAGGUGUAAGCUACUGGCGUGUGCCUCAUGAGCUGAUAGAGUGUUGGACUUUGGAAGAACGGCCUUUACAUGGAAGCCUGCGUCAUAUGGCCCCAAUUCGAAAGAGGCGGCUGAUAGCCUUUGGGGAAGAGGAUGAAGGUGUGAACUGUAAAACUGGUCCUAAGCCAGUCAGAUUUUUGGGCCCUUCUACAAGUACCCAAAUUAAAGUCAAGAACUCUGCUUCAGUGAGGGUGUCACCUGCCAAUGCUGCCCAGAUCUCCUCGCAGGCUACCGCAAACCGCUCUCAAAGAGGCAGUUGUGGAAAGGCAGCCCAGUGCUCUGUGGCCACAGGGGCAUCUGGACAUGCUCCUGCUUCUCCUAAUGCCCAGAGCGCUGAAAACCAAGCCACACAGCCACCUCCUGCCAAGGUGCUCCUCUCUGAUAAGAAGUCUCCACCCCAUCGAGUGAUCAAGCUGAGGAGGACUCCACUGUGUGUGGGGCCUUCCCUGCCAACCCCCUCAGCAGGGAGCCAGGCCAGCUUCCCCCAGCAGCCCUCUCCAGAAGCUUCCAACACUUUGGGCGUGCAGACUGAGAACAGGAAAGACCAGCCUGAUGGAUAAGUGGGCUUGAACAGCCUGUUUGCCUCACAGCUUCCAGCAUGCUGAUUCCGACAGUGUUCCUGAAAGGGAAGAUCUAAACGUGGGUGUUUAGGGUUAUUGCAGGAAAGUGGAUGCCAACGUGGGAGUAGGGAGACUUUAUGGUCAGGGUCAUUAUUUACUUUGUGUUUUCCUGAGGUUGUCUACGUGCAGUUUGAUUUCUAGUUUUUAAUUCUAAGCUUUUUAAAAUGGUUAACUGAUACAAGGCAACCAGGGAGUAAGAAAUCUCACCUUUUUGCAGUAGUAUUAAAGUCUUCAUGUUACUCCUACAGUCCAAGGGUAGGAGUGAGGUCUAGACCUAGGUUUCUGUCAGAUGGAGAGGGGCACCUAUGCUGGCCACGCUGUAUGGCGGCCAGGAGGAGAGGUCUCAAGAGGGAGUGUGACCACCAGCUGCCCAUAGUUGCUUAUUUUCCAAAGACGACAUGAGAAGAAGUGAUGGGGGAAGGGAAAGCGUAUAGUGAAAGCUCAGAUGGUGAUCUCACUUGAUUGGGCCAUUUUCUUGUCUAGAUUGGCUCUUUGCUUUGUUCUGUUAGCAGCUGUGUCUUUUAUUGUGCACCACAAGGGGAAUGCAUGUGGUAGGAGCUGUAAAACGGUUUUUGGAAUGGUUAAAAUAUGGUCGUUUACUUUGGUGAUGUUUUGAAGUACUUUGAAAAAGAGAAGUUAGACAAGUUUAACUUUUUUAACUCGUUAGUUUAUUCUAGAAGUGGCCAUUGAAGAGUCCUUCUGAUUAUACACUAUGCUUUGUGCAUACAAUUUCCAUAUAACUUGAAUUUAAUAUUUUUAAACAAAAUCUUUUGAUUAAUCUAUUUUUUCAUGACCAUUGGGUUAUCUGUACUUUCUCUUACAUAUUAUGUUUGGUAAUUACAUUGUACAUUUCUACUUCCCAUGAGCCCUGUGCUUCCGUGUUUCUAGAAGCAGGUCCAUAGAGCAGGGUGUUCCUUACUCAGAUGCUGGCCACUGCAUUGCAUUGCUUUGAAAACGUGAGGCAGGUAUACUCAUGACGUUUCUUUUUAAGUAAAUAAAACAUUUCCAUAAAAAUGUGA